CGGCGAAGAAGGGCGGUCGUGCUUGAGCCGAAUCACUGACGCUUGCUUGCGUAGGCAUUUAGCAUGGUAGCAAUAUGUUGAAAGAUGAAGCAUCUCAUUAGGUAAACAGCGUGGCAUUUCGGAAGAACAAAUACAGAUUUAAAUGAGGACAAACAUGGGAUCAAAAAACAAGAAGAGGGUGGUGCUUCCGUCCAGACCAGACCCACCGUCUGUGGAGCAGAUCAUCGAGGACAUCAACAGAGCGUUUCCGAAUGACCCAGUCUUCACUAUUUUGCAGAACGGCACCCAAGGUGUGAAAACGGAGUCAUCAGACGGUGAGGUGGAAACCCGUUAUCAGCAGAGCCGACGAUACCUGGAGCUGAACGACAGAUUACAGGAGGCCCGCGGUCAGCUUAUUCGCCAGAGGGAGGACCUUCGUGCUGUGGGAGAGAAUUUACAGCGCACCGUUGAAGAGGUCAAGGGGAGAGCAUUGUGAUGUUACACAAUAAUAACUAGGGGACAAUGUAGGUUUUCUGUACUCCUGAUUAUUCACGUUUUAUUCAAGAACCGUUUCAUUUGUACCAGAAUGGAAUGUCUUCCAGGACAGUGUACACAUAUUCUGUAUACAUGUUUGCACUGUGUGCCGAACGCAUAACUCGGGAUGGAAAAACCUAUGACAUUUUAGGUUUACAUUUACAUUACAUGAUGGCUAUGCGACUGAAGGAUUGAAGAAUGUCCUUAUCUGGUUCUGGUUUCUAAUAACACAUUGGUAAACAUUGUCAUUAAGAACGUGUGUACUAUGAACCUUAAUUCAUGGAUAUUGGAAGUUCGAUGACGGUGUGAAAACAUUAGGGUGUUGUCACGGCAGCUCGUCUAGCCUUGUGUACUAGCCCAUGUACCCAGGUAAUGUAGAUUUUAUUCUCCAUCAUGCAUCAUAUACCUGUUAUUUGCUCGUUUCACACUGAAGUGAAAUUUGGGAUCAACAUUAGUGUACAGAUUUUGCUUGAGUUAAUUCUUGUGAAGGUGUUCAAGUGGGAAAUGUAUGAAUCAGUUAUGAACUGAUGCAAUUUACUUUUAAUUCCAGUAUUCAUUUAUUUUCAUUAUGGUUAAAAUGGCUUAAUAUAGCCUCACAGCAAGGAGGUCCUGGGUUCGAAUCCCCGUCGGCCGGGGCCUCUCUGUGUGGAGUUUGCAUGUUCUCCCCGUGUCUGCGUGGGUUUCCUCCGGGUACUCCGGUUUCCUCCCACAGUCCAAAGACAUGCAUGUUAGGCUGAUUGGAGAGUCUAAAUUGCCCAUAGGUAUGAGUGUGUGAGUGAAUGGUGUGUGUGCCCUGCGAUGGACUGGCGACCUGUCCAGGGUGUAUUCCUGCCUUUCGCCCAAUGUAUGCUGGGAUAGGCUCCAGCCCCCCUGCGACCCUGAUCAGGAUAAGCGGAUUCAGAUAAUGGAUGGAUGGAUGGAUGGCUUAAUAUAUUCAAAUGGCCUAACAAACUACAUUCAUAUUUAUACAUGAUGGCUGUCAUAUGACCUUAUUAAAUAUGUCCUCUCUGUCUCUUCAUCCUCAAAGUUAAAUGUAUGGAAUUGCACUAAUAAUUGGUAGCAUCACCAAAUUGGGUGCAUUUUGAUGUAUAUAUUUUCCAUGCUGUCCUUUUGUCUGGUUGUGGCACAUUGGUCUAGUUUUACUUUACAGUUCUGACCUACAAAACUCAUAACCUUCUUUUGACUAUUCCUCAUAACAUGAAUGGCUAUAUGAUGAACUUGGUAUUCGCAUUAUGAUAAUGGGCAUAGUUGGUGCAUCCUUUCUGAGUACAUUUUGUCAUGGUGGUCUCAAUAUUGACUGAAUUUUACUUAACUUGCCCGCCAAAGCAAAUACAUUUGGAGUUUUGGCAUGAUAUAGUUAUGUACAUUUAUCUUCCUAUACAGGUCCUGAGUACGUUUUUGGGCUUCAAUAGUUAUUUUAAAAAUAACGAAAUACGGUGUUCUCUGUUAUGGAUUGGGGUGGAAGGAUGAUAACCAUGGGGAUGUUGGCAGUAUGCUGGAUGGAUGGAUGGAAGGAAGAAACCACUCUUCUUUUCAUGAAAACAUUUAUUGUGUGGAUUCCUGUUCAUUUAGUACAUUAACUAUUGCCUUUAUAAAUGCUGUACAGCCUUUCUGUCCUGUAAUUUCCCUUUUAAUCCCAAAUACAGAGGUUAUUACAGAAGAAAAUAAAGUAUCAUUUUUCCAAUACUUGCCUCACAGAUGGUUUUCUGUGAUGGCAAUAUGCCCUCCUUUUACCAGUUUUAUCCAAGUGCCUUUCUUUAAUACUGAAAUAUGGAUCUCCUUCCAAUUUGAACACAAGUGCAGACAUUCUGUUUAUUACAGUGAUAAAUGUGGAAGUGUGCUGAAUAUGCAUAUAAAACUACCCAAACAUUUUUGUGGUCUGCUUUUCUCAUGCCGAAUACAAACCAACAAGUCUUUAUGUUGGUUUACAGUCGCUCAUCUGUUACCCAAUAUUGUGGUGUUUCCCAAUAUGUUACUACCCUGGUUGUGUUUUCAGUUGGACAUUUUCACAUUAUAUGGUAGUAUUUUCAAAACUCUUCAUUCAUGAUGAGUGACAUAAUGCAAAUAUCAAUACUGUUGUGCCUCGCGCGCAAAUACAACUGCGGUUUGGCGCACUUUCAGUGCUGAUUACCGGGAUCAUCUCCCAAGCUCAGUCCUGCAGUUGAAUACAGUAGGGCCCUGAUGGCUGCAUACACUCUAGAUUGUUGUAACAGUAUGUUACAACACCGUUGUAACGGUAUGUGCUUAACUGGAGUGUGCAUACAACAGGAGAAAGUAAAGUCAGUGGGACUAUAAUGAGAGCUGUCGCACAUUGUGACGUAAAAACCGUACGUAGUUAUUAAAUUAUAAGGGAGUUGACUAUACUACUUAAAACUGAGUAAAACUGUGAAUAUGUUUAUUAAAUUCUGCAACCUGC